AGAAACGCAGAUGUGGAUUCAGCGUUGAGUACAAUGAGUUAUCAUAGAUCAAUGAUCAACAAAUACCUCUGCAGAAACUAUUUGGCCAACGAAAUUCUAUCAGAGGUUGAUGAUCAGAGUAAUGUGAAAUCUGACAGAUUGGGAAUAGCAGCUAAAACAAAUCGCCCACAAAGUCGAAUUAUGCUAAAAAAUUCGCCAAUCGACCAGAAUGAGUUGCUGGAUGACGAAGGAUCAGAUAAUUACAAGAAGUGGCUUGCUAAAUCCUCCAUAUUCGAAGACAUCUAUAAACACCACACCACAAGUCCACAAGAAGAAGACCUGGUACAGUCAGGUUCCUCAUCCAAUGUACAGCUAUUCGAGAGCGGAGACAUCACCGGCUUCGCGGUACAGACUGGUUCCGAUACAAAGGACACCAACUACCCGGUACACUCUGGUUCCUAUCCUAAGGACACCGUUGUACAGUCUGGUUCGUCCCAGAAACAGGCCUAUGACCAAUAUUUGCCGCCUUGGGGUGCCUCGGGAGGAGGAGCCAAUAUUCCUGUGCCGGCAAUACAUACGCAUCUCCAUCACGGAGGGACGGCACUGAAUAAUUUGCCGCCCCUGGCUGGGGCGGAUUACGGCGGGCUGCAUCAUGGGGUGGAUUAUGGGGGUGGACAUGCGUUCCUCGCUUUUGGCAUGUUUGUGCUAAACCUUAUCCUGACUUGUUUCAGUGUACAACCCCCUACAGUGGUAAUGAUGAUGAAUGGAGGUGGAGAGGGAGGUGAAGAGACAAGAUUCACACGUGUCAAACGAGGAGCUAUUAAUCCUGAAUACCUCAAUCAGCCUCAACAAGGGUCCCCACACCAGGAACACUGUUUGAGGCUAUCCCUCUGCGAAAGCAACAAAUUUGCUCGAGAACUGCCGAGUCAGCAACAGGUCUGGGUGCCUGUUUGGAGCUUCGGUCUAAGUUGGAUAAGUGGAAAAAUGAGAGGGAAAUCCGAGUCCAUGCUGGAGUAUUUGAGAGCUAUAAUUUUGGGCAUGGGAAAAGCUCAAUGUGAAAGAGUUUAUUCACAAUGUAAGCAGGAAAUGUGAAAUUUGGUUAAUAAGAUAUUUUUGA